CGGAGUUAGCAUUGUACGGAAACAGAAAAUAGAAACGUCGUAUCUUCUUCUUCGUUCAUUGCUGAGUGUAAAAGGCAAAAGAAAUUGUUUUAUCGGUUUAUCAGCGUUAGUAAAAGGUCCACACAACCUUUCCGAAAAAAAAGAAAUAAAAAACCACAGAAAUUGUGCUAAGAAAUUUAACAAGAAUUUUGUGGUUUCAUAAAUUUAAAUUAGGAAAAAUAAAAAGAAAAAAGUGAAAUAAUAAUCUGUGAAAUCAUCUGCCGGUUAAGAUAUACAUAUUUGAACGAAUCCAACGUCGGGAAAUGCCACGUUCGAGCGUUUAAAAAAAUUCACCAAGCAGUGUAAAAAAAGGUGUCAUUCAAAGUACCCACAACAAAAUUGCUAACAAGCCGAGAAAAAAAGUUUUUCGUUUUUCAUUAAAUUCAAAGGAAAAAUAUAAGAAAUUUUGUUAAAAGUAACUCCUCAAGUGUACGCAUGAUCUCAAGUCAAAAGCUUUGAAAUAGAAUAUAAAAAAAAUAAAAUUCCGUAAAAUUCUUACAAAAAAAAAAAAAAAUCUGCGGUUAAAAAGUCCAACAGCUUAACUUUUUGCUUCUUCUACUUUUCUGGUUCAUAUCAAUCAAAGGCAGAAUACAAAGAAACUUAAGUAAACCACCAAAAAAGAACAACAACCACAACAAAAACCCCUUAUAACAAGCAGAACCAGCGAGAGAAAGAGUGUGUGUGAGAGAGAGAGAGCCCUAGACAAAAAAGAAUACCAAACAAAUUCAACAACCAAAACUGAUUAAAGAAAGAAAAAUAGCUUGCCAGCCAGCACCUCUCCCCCCAUAUAGUCCCUCUCACCUAGAAACAGACUUGACUUGCUCAUGCUAACACAACAAGCAAGAUAAGUAAGUGCCAAGAGCAUAAUUUUAAAGAUUUUCAUUGAACCAAUCGUUGGCGGCAUACUCUUAGUGUUGAUGUUUGCAGAGGAGUAGAAGCAUAAAAUUGGAAAGAAAAGUUUUGUUUUGGUUUCUUUUGCAACGCGCCGUUCUUUUGUGGCUCUUCCUUUUGGGCACUUUUUGUUUUUGUUGUUUUUGUUUCGCCAAACUCAGUCGUAAAAUCGGGCUUUGUUGUUUGUUUUGUUUUGGUUUGGUUUGGAUACGCCUGUGUUGUGUCGUCUUCUUUAAAGUCAUCAUCAAUAUUUAGCAACAGCAUUAAAAAACACACAAUAACAACAACAAAAGUAGCAAAUCAACAAGAAAUUCUCGGGGAGUCCUCAACCAAGUGAGUGAGUGUGUCAGUGCUAUUAAAAUUAUCAAUUAAGUGUUUAAAAACUUUGACCAUAGCGAGGGGGUGCAUCAGCAUUUUUCGCUAUCAAUUUUGAUCAAAGUUGAAAAUACGUAAAAAAAUUUGUGAAAUCAAUAACCGCAACAAAAACAACAGCAAAAGCGAUUAAGUGAAGAGUCAGCAUUGCCAAAAAAAAAGUUGCCUAAACGUGUUUGGCAUUUCAACGGCAUUUUGUGAAUUUGCAAAAAUACUAAUAAACCAGAAGCAGCAGCAGCAACAACAACGCCAACGCCGACAACAACAAAAACAACAUUUAGUUUGCUGUAAACGUUAGAUUUUGAAACGUCACCCUGGCUUCACCUAAUAACACAGCACCGCCGGUGCUUUGGCGUGCGCGUCGUAAAGUGGGUCUUCACCUGCGCAGCAUAGAAGAACCCUCAAAUCCCGCUCAAUUAUUUACCUUCAAUUCCAAUCCCCACACUAAUCUAAGCGUUUACAGCAGCAGUAGUAGUAGUGGCGGCGGCAGUGGUAUUGGCAGAAUGCCCAGCACGGAGCUGGGGGGCACAGGCUAUGGCUCAGAACAAAAUCUCCUAAUGAGCAAUCGUACCGGUGUCCCCCUGGCCACAUAUCAGCAACAGCAUCUCUAUCAGCAGCAAUCGCAACAACAACAAUUACAGCAAACACACCAAAACACAUCCGCAACGCAAUGUUUAUUACAACACCCGCUAUCGCCACAGAGGCAUUAUGAUCCAGAGCAUGCCCGCAUGGAGGCAUGGAUGGAUGAAAAUCAGGAAUUUGUUCAGGAUUAUUUUAUAAGAAAAGCAACACGUCAGGUGGUCGAUGCUUGGCUGGUCUCACAUGCAACAUCCGCUGGUAAUGACACAUCAAAUACAUCUCCCACACAUCCCAAUGGACAGAGUUGCUCAUCACGUGGUGGAUCGGGAGCCACAACGCCUGUGAGAAAAAUAUCAGCACAUGAAUUUGAGCGUGGUGGUCUAUUGAAACCAAUUGUCAAUACCAUUGAUGGAACACCCACUUUCCUGAGUAUAGGCACACCAAAUGAUUGCUCCAACAUGUCGCAGUCGACUAGUAACAGCAAUAGCAAUGGCAGUGCUGGCAGCAAUUCUCUAUCAUCGAAUGCGGGUGCUUGCGGUGUAGGUGGAAGCAUGGUAUCCAGCAGUACUGGUGGUAACAUGGGCAGUGGUUCCUAUCACUACAGCAGUCAUCAUUAUCAGCAUCAGUCUGGUUCGAGUUCACAUCAUCAUCAUCAUCAUAAUCAUUAUCGGCCGCAACGUUUAUCACGCAAUGAGCUAAAGCAAUUGGACGAAAAGGAAUUAAUCUUUGAACUGGUAAAGGACAUAUGCAAUGAAUUGGAAGUUCGCAGUCUGUGCCACAAGAUUUUGCAAAAUGUUUCAAUUUUAUUGAAUGCUGACCGUGGCUCGUUGUUUUUGGUGCAAGGACGUUGCAGUAGCAGUAAUGAUGGACCAAAGAAAUGUCUGGUAUCGAAACUGUUUGAUGUUUGUCCGCGCAGCACUGUUGAGGAAAUGGAACAACAAGAUGAAGUGCAAAUAGCUUGGGGCACUGGCAUUGCUGGUCAUGUUGCCGAAAGUGGUGAACCUGUGAAUAUACCGGAUGCAUACAAGGAUGAACGUUUUAAUUGUAAAAUCGAUACAUUGACCGGCUAUCGUACCAGAGCAUUGCUUUGUAUGCCCAUCAAGGACUCUUCGGGUGAUGUCAUUGGCGUGGCCCAAGUCAUUAACAAAUUGAAUGGUGAAUGUUUCUCGGAAACUGAUGAGAAGGUUUUUGCUUCCUAUUUGCAAUUCUGCGGCAUUGGUCUACGCAAUGCUCAACUCUAUGAGAAAUCACAGCUGGAAAUCAAACGUAAUCAGGUGCUGCUCGAUUUGGCUCGCAUGAUAUUCGAAGAGCAAAGCACCAUUGAGCACAUGGUCUUUCGCAUAUUGACCCAUAUGCAGAGUCUAAUACAAUGCCAAAGAGUACAGAUCCUCUUGGUGCAUGAGGCAUCCAAGGGAAGUUUUUCGCGGGUAUUCGAUUUCGAAGCCAAUGACCUGAGCGAAGAGGAGUCGACGAAUCGCACCAGCCCCUUUGAAUCGAGAUUUCCCAUAAAUGUGGGCAUAACGGGACAUGUGGCCACAACAGGAGAGACCGUCAAUGUGCCCAAUGCCUAUGAAGAUGACCGCUUUGAUCCCAGUGUUGAUGAGGGCUCCAAUUUCAAGCAUAAAUCCAUUUUAUGUAUGGCCAUUAAAAAUUCCCUGGGUCAGAUUAUUGGAGUCAUACAACUGAUUAACAAAUUUGACAAUUUGUUAUUCACCAAAAACGAUGAAAACUUUGUUGAAGCCUUUGCCAUAUUCUGUGGCAUGGGCAUACACAACACCCACAUGUACGAGAAGGCUAUUGUGGCCAUGGCUAAACAAAGUGUUACUCUAGAGGUCCUUAGUUACCAUGCUUCGGCCACCAUGGAUGAAGCUCAUCGUUUGAGGCGUCUUCGAGUACCUUCUGCAGCUCAUUUCCGUUUACAUGACUUCCGCUUUGAUGACAUCCAUUUUGAGGACGAUGAUACUUUAAAGGCCUGUUUACGAAUGUUUUUGGAUUUGGAUUUUGUUGAACGUUUCCACAUCGACUAUGAGGUUCUGUGCCGUUGGCUGUUGAGUGUUAAAAAGAAUUAUCGCAAUGUGAUUUACCAUAAUUGGCGUCAUGCCUUUAAUGUGGCCCAAAUGAUGUUUGCUAUAUUGACGAUUUCCCAUCAUGGACAGGCCACGCAAUGGUGGAAAAUUUUCGGUGAAAUGGAAUGUUUGGCUCUUAUCAUUGCCUGCCUAUGUCAUGAUUUGGAUCAUCGGGGGACAAAUAACUCGUUUCAAAUUAAAGCUUCAUCGCCAUUGGCACAGCUGUACUCCACCUCGACCAUGGAGCAUCAUCAUUUCGAUCAAUGUCUUAUGAUACUCAACAGUCCUGGAAAUCAAAUUUUGGCUAAUUUAUCAUCGGAGGAUUAUUGUCGGGUCAUCAAGGUACUGGAAGAUGCCAUUUUGUCCACAGAUUUGGCGGUUUAUUUGAGAAAACGUGGCACCUUCUUGGAUGAGGUCCAUCGCCAACCCCUGAGCUAUUGGGUGGGAGAGGAGCCCAGAGCUCUUUUAAGAGCCAUGAGCAUGACUGUAUGUGACUUGUCAGCCAUAACCAAGCCCUGGGUUAUUGAAAAGCGUGUGGCAGAUUUGGUCAGCUCGGAGUUCUUUGAGCAGGGCGAUAUGGAGAAACAGGAAUUGAAUAUAACUCCCAUAGACAUUAUGAACCGCGAAAAGGAAGAUGAACUGCCCAUGAUGCAAGUCGGUUUCAUAGAUUCAAUAUGCUUGCCAAUAUAUGAGGCCUUUUCCAUUUUGUCCGAUAAACUGGAACCCUUGGUCGAUGGCGUUAGAGAUAAUCGCCAACACUGGAUCGAUAUGGCCCAGGGUGUGGAAACGAAAACCAAGAAAAGCAAUGGCAUUGUUAAAGUCAAAAAUAGCAAAAACUUAAACAACAAUCACAACAAAAACAACAAUUCCAUCAACCCUGAGAACCCCCAGGAAAAUGGAGAUCUGAAUGCCACGGCAACCGAUACAGAAGAUAGUCUUCUGCUUAACAAUUUAGCCAGUGAUGAUUGUGAAGAGGAGACCGAAAUCGAAGCCGAUAACGAGGAUGAUGCUGAUGGCGAUGCUGAAGAGUCAGAUCUUGAAGUUGAUCCUCGCCAAGUCAAUGAGGACUAUUCCACCGAUUCAAGUCGUCUCUCCACGCCACCACCCACCGGCGAAGAGGAUAGUUCUCCCACCUCGCCCGCCAAGAGAGAGGCUGCGGCCAGAAAACAAGCCCAACUCAUGGUGGAAAAUUUGGAAAGCCUCAAUCAGAAUCCCCUGCAUAAACAGCGUUAUUCCUCCGCCUCAACAUCGUCGUGUAGAAAUUGCGAUUGCAUGCGUUUGAGAAAAACCUCAUCGCUAAAGGGCUCCCAUGAUUAUAUACCACAUAAUGGUAGCAAUAGGUCCUACAGCAAGAGUACCCCCUCAAUGACGAGUUGUGGUACUGCUCAAGGUGCUGGUCACCUGCAGAAUACCUCGCAUGAGUGUCAAUGUCAACCGGCUCGUGAGGGUCAUCAUCAUAGGCAUCGCCAUCAUCAUCAUCACCAUCAUCACCACCACCACCACCACAAUCAUCAGCAGAAACAUCAGGUGCUUGAUGGCGCGGCAAAUUCCUCGCACCAUAACCACCAACACCAUCACCAUCAUCCACAUCAAAGCAACAGCUUGGGAGGCGGUGGCAGUGGUGGCUCCUCGCUAUGCGGUGGCCUAUCCAAUAACUCCAGCCUUUCGGAAAGUGAUAAAAUACCAAAAAUCGUUGGCAAACUGGGCAAUCUCGAUGGCCUACACCAUGUGACAAGCAAUGGUCUAGCUGGUGCUGGCACCCCAACUGCCAACUCAAAUGGAUUGCGUAAUUUUGGCACUCCUCCCAAUCGUUUGUCGUCGCGCCGCCACUCUGAGGCCAAUGGCUUGACACUGAGCAUAAAUUCCAAUUUGAAUACCUGCAGCACAAGUAAUGCAAAUCUCUCAUCUUUAACCACGCCCACAACGACGAAUCCUACGACGACGACGACGACGACAGCGACAUCGUCGAUGGCUGCAACUCCUGUUACAGCACCAGCAUAUGUUGUAAGUCCUGCAGCGACCCCAACAGAGGCCAUGUGUGAUAAGUAAAGCAUAAAAACUAGCAGAGGAAUGGUUCCUUUAGAGGUAUUGUUGUGUUUUCUCAAUUCGAACAUUAACGAAUUUGACGAAUUUUUGGAAAUUGAGCUUAGCCAGAGUUUUGCAAUAGGGAAAGGGAAAAGUUUUCUAUGCAAGUAUUGCAAGCUUAAAAGGGAAAUUUGUUUUAGGGGAAUUGUAAUGGUACCUAAAAAUAAGAUUGCAAACUGUUGAGUUUGAUUUGAAAGUGAAUUAAAACAAAUCCAAAAGAUUUUCCUGAAAUUAAGCUAAAGUUUUUGACUCCUAGUAGUUUUGUAUGGAUUUUUAUUUUCUUUAUUUAGUGACUGAAUUAUUUUCUGUAAUUGGGUAAUAUAUCCAUUCGGUCAAUAUUUUAAAAAUUUCAGAGACACCCUAGCCAUAUCUAUUAUCCUGUCCGUCUGUAUUGAUUUUAAGGACCACAAGGUGGUCUCAUCGCAACUUGCGAUCACAAAAAAAAAGGAAUAUUUUCCUCAACAUAUGAGAAGAAUUUUUCGUCAAGGAAACUGGCAUUGGUUAAUGACUCUCCCAAUUUCAAGUUACGUAGCUUUCUCUUUCCCUGUGAUUCUAAUGACUUCUUGUUAAGAGAAAUUAUAGCGAAAAUGCUAACCUU